GAAACAAAUUCGUCGGAAUGCGCGUUGCAUGUGCUCUGAACAGUUGUUCGGUCAAGAAUGUCUUUUUACGUUGCAGGUUCAACUCCUCAGACUAAAAUUCCUGAAAUUUCUCUAUAUUCAUGGUAUCGACCUGCUCUCCUACCCCUCCGACUGUACCAGGGGAUCCGCUUGGGAUAAACUUUGAGAUUAUGAACCAGAUAUCCGUAUCGCCACUAAGCUCGCACGAAAACGAGAACAUGGAUAAUGUGCUCCAGUCACAGUCACCUGGACUAGAAUUAUCCAUCGGAGAGAUCACCGUCGCCUCGGCUGUGGCCAGCGAAAAGGCCCGAAUCCGACAGCAAUCGGCCAUGCUCGACAAGUGGCUAAUGGCCAACGGUGGAAAUCUUUAUCCGUGUCGUGAAGACAAAGAAAAACUUGCCGCGCAAAUGAAGAUGACCUAUUUGCAGGUUAACCGUUGGUUUGCGAAUCGACGCCGGAAGCAAACAAAGCGCACAAAGACGGUCCCCUCUCCAGCUAGUGUCACUCCGGUGACAGUCAAUCAAGAGAGUACAUCGCGACCUACGACGCCAAUAUCCAAGGAGAAUGUAAUGGCGCAAUUAACGCCAGAUGUGAUCUCUGCCUUCGCACAAGCGCUCGCCGCUCAGCAGCAACCCGAGACAGACGAGAAGAUGGUCGUUCAGCAGCCACAACAGCAGCAGCAGCACCUUCAGCACGGAUCCCUUCGUCAUCCACAACGGGAACAUGCCAUUACCCCGCCAGCCAUCGAUGAUCACCAUCCCCCGCAUCAAAUGGGCGGAAAUAAUGCUACCCAGGUAAUACCAGACAUGCGCUCAUCCCUGAUGUCUCCGCUCAGUCCGCACGAGAUCGCGGCAAAAAUGCUUGCUAAUGGCUCAUUACCAGCGAACGCGAACGGCUUGACCCAAUACAAUCCCCUCCUAAUAGCCAUGUUACAACCCUUGGCUUUACAACAAUUGCUACAAGCACAAGCUCUUCAACAGCAGUAUAUGCAACUGCAACAGCAAGCAAUAGCCCAACAACAAAUGGAAGCUCAAGCACUUUGGGCAUCGUCAAGUAUUUCGGCUAGUCCUGCACAUGCCUCGGAUAGUGAGGUGUCGGAAAUGUCCGAGUUAUCGCCAGUACCACAAACGGAAGUGUCCAUGCGUCCGCAUUCACCUCCAUUCAAAGAUCCCCAUCAACUGGCCGACAAAUCUCUCUUGAGGCUUCUCAACCUCAAUCAACUUUCCGAAAAGGAACAAAUGGCCGUGGCUGUACUGGCUGGAUUUGCCUCAAUGGGACGCUGAACGGUGUCCCAGAGAGGACGGGUGGACGAGUUAUCACUCGCCAGAUAAACGCUUUCCGAGCCGUCGCGGCAACGUUCGAUGGCUGGCUUUUGAGCACCAUCGCAUGUCGCUGUCAGCAUCGGACCAGACCACAUCCCGGUUAUCCCCGAAUCCAUCCGUGUUACCCUACCAUAACACUAUUAUAGCCUGUAGCGUGUUUAUAUACUAGCGUACAGCCUGUUUUGUGUAUAUUUGCCACUUUUUCUGAGAAGUUCUACCACGAUACCACCCACACGAGGCCCGUUAUGCUGUUGUGUCCGCAAUGGCAGACACGGAGCCUCUCAGUCGUCCCAUUCUUACUCGUCGAGUGUUCGCCCCCAGUUAUUGUCGCUCGUUGUUAUUCCUUUUCAUCCACACUUUAUACACAUGAAGUUCUUAUCGAAUGCGUGUCGUCAGCUAUCUAUGGGAGUCCUCGAUAUGAUGAUGUUUUCCACAUUACGCGUCUCUGUCUCUCUUUUUGUCUGUCAUUUGUAGUGUGUUCUUGUGUUGCAAGGUGUUGUACGGAUAUAUACGAUCAGAGGCGUGUGCGAAAUGGAUAUGGAGCAAAUUGUACGCAAAAUUGCGGAACUCGCUCGCUGUCGCGCGCUAGCGUCGCUCACUCUCGCCUGGCUCCCAGCGCUCGCCUCUGAUUGGUCGAAUACGUGUAUCUCUCAUGGGGGCCGUGUUAAUCGCGCGCUUUUCGCGCAGACGGUCAUUUUGUAUGUGAAUAUAUAUUUGAAUAUAUUUGAGUGUUCCGCUUUUUUCGCACUCUCUCUCGAGGAAGUGAAUGUUUUGAGUUGUUCAUUAAAUUAAUUAUUCUGAUUGCUCCUUAGCGAUCCCCACAUGCGAAUUUCUCUCGUUUUGUUGCAUCUGUCACCUGCUCUCAACUGUUCUCUACCUUUUCCCCCACAUCAAUAUUUCUCCCGUGCGUAUUGUCAUUAAUUUUUUUCUAUUCAUACUCGGGCGAUUUCCUUCAGGAGUGAGUGUGGAUUGUAGACUGUAGUCUGAUCGUUGAUUGCUUGGUUUUAUGAAAUCUUACUGGUCUGCUCCAUCGAAUUGUUAGUGAAACCAGGCAUUAGCCAUCAGCAUUGUUAACGAAGAGUUCAGAACAUGCAUGAAAAGCGUAAAAAAAGAGCAUAAAAUUAAAAAUCAAUAAAAAACUAAUAAAACGUUCAAAACGUA